GGAUGAUACAUCCUCCUCGGCCAGGAUACUAGAAGGAACUCUUUAAGCCAAAGAAAAAAACUAUCUCCAGGCAGUAAAAACAGAAGAGGUGGAGGAGGAGGAGACGGAGGAGAACUAACGACUGACCCUGAACCCUGGGUCCGCCGACACUGAACUUGCUCCACGGAUCUAGGACUUAUUGGUUUCACGUGGGUCACAAUGUCCAGCAUGGCACGCUUUCGGAAGGUGAGCAGCAGUCCCAGUGAGGAGCUCGAACCGGAGGCGAGUGCAUCGCUACUGAAGUCAUCCCCGAAUAUACUGGAGAACUUUGCCUACGACGAGUUCCACAACCAUCAGCGGCUCAAGCGUAUGGCCACUGCACCCAACUCGGGCUCCGGCUCAGGCUAUGGCUCUGGUUCCUCCACUUCCAAUUCAUCUUCCUCGAAGAGACGGGAGCCCAAGUUCUGUGACACUCUGGAGCGGCAUGCCUUCAUGCGGAAUGUGAUCAAUACGCGGCAGCAGCCGGAGAGUGUGCGCCGCUACUCCAGUCCCGGGGAGAAGGAGGCACAGGUAAGACGCAGCCUGGAGGAGAUCACCAAGGAUCUCAAGGAGAUCGAGCAGUUCGUCAGCGCCACCGAGGAGCUGUUGCAAAAGGAAAAAGAGCAGGAGCAGAUCCUUAACUCCGUCUCCAACAAGGAGAACAAGUCGCCAAGUCCCAUCAAGAAAGUCACUUACAAGAUUAAUGCCUAUAAGGCACCACCGCGACGUCAUCGUCCUGGCAGCCCAAGGUUCUAUCACUCCCGGCUGUACUUCAGGAACGGCAGAAUCGGUUGUGUGGAGUCCACGGAGCACCAGAACAAUGUGGGCGCCACCCAUGCUCUGGUCAAGCACAUCCUGCGUCACGAGAAGCCAUUGGUCAGUCCAGAUAGCGUGAGGAGAGUUCUCGAACCGGAGAGCUUCGAGAUGGUGCCUCUCCCAGGAGCUGUUGUUCCUCCAGAGAUUGUUCCUGAUCCCAUAGCCCAACAAAGGGCAGAGGAACUGGCUGCUGCCACGGGUCAGGUGGUUCUACCCAAAGAGGAGGAGGAUGAAGAGGAUCAGCAGCAGGCAGACUCACAACCCAUUAUCGACGAGGACGAGCAGGAUGUGCAGAUCUGUUACAACGAAUCCCCGGAGCUACAGAAUGAAGAUCGCAACGAGCGGGCCCAAGGAACACCGUCCAUCAAUGAGAGCGAGAUUGUGGCUGUCGAGGAGCCGCAAACGGAAGUUAACAUGGACAUGGACCUGGAGCACCGGAAGCCAAGCAGUGCUGGGAGUUUGGACUCUCAGGGUCAGCAGUUUCUGCGUGACCAGGUUCGUCACUUGGUCCGUCGCUUCACCGCCCGGGCCAACAAGGUCAAGUCCCGGAUUGAGCUUCCACCGACCCCGUCGUCGAGCAGCACGGCCAGUUCACCAUCACCGCCGCCGACCAAGAGCCUGCACCCGUCACCCGAGCACAAAGUGCGUCUGGUGCCGGCGGGUCAGUCGCCGCAUCACCGCGGUAGACUCUUCGAGGCGGACACCACCAGGUCAAAUGCCUGGCUCUGCUCCAGUCUGUGUGGAGCAAACAACGAUGAGAGGACCCUGGAUCCCCAGGGCAAGAUCUACAUCUCCUGGCUGUGUGUGGUCUCGCUGUCCUUCCUCUACAAUGCCUGGGUCAUCCCACUUCGCUCCUCCUUCCCCUUCCAGACCAAGGAGAACACCAACAUCUGGCUGGCCUGUGACUUUUGUGCGGACAUUAUUUACCUCCUGGACGUGGUCUUCUUCAAGCAUCGGGUCAUGUAUCUCUUCGAGGGCUUUUGGGUGAAGAACAAGAACCUGACCAGAAAGAACUAUAUGCGGAAGCUGCAGUUUAAGCUGGAUCUCUUGGCUCUUCUACCUCUGGAAUUGCUAUACCUAAAAUUGGGAACGGGAGCUGUUUGGCUGAGAUUUCCUCGUUUCUUCAAAAUUCAGAGCUUCUGGGAAGUUUUUCGUCUGCUGGAUCGGGUUAUAUCCUCACCACAUUUCGUUCGCGUGGCUAAAACCCUUACCUACAUGCUCUACAUGAUCCACAUAACGGCUGCCUUGUACUACGCGUACAGUGACUACCAGGGAUUGGGCAAGAAUCGUUGGGUCUUCAGUGGCAAGGGACAUCCCUAUGUUCGAUGCUUCGCCUUUGCCACCAAGACGGCCACUUCGAUAGGAAAGAAUCCGAAGCCGGAAAGGCAGGGAGAGUAUGUCUUCAUGACGGUGGCCUGGCUGAUGGGCGUCUUUGUGUUCGCUCUCCUCAUUGGUCAGAUUCGGGAUAUUAUCUCCACGGCCACCAGGAAUAAGCAUGAGUAUAGGCAGCUAGAGGAUGAGACGCUGGAGUACAUGCGGCGUCUCAAUCUGUCGCAGGAAGUCCAAUCCAGGGUCAAGAUGUGGUUCCAGUUUACGUGGGAGCAGCAGCGAACCUUGGAUGAAUCCAACAUCCUGGAUGCCUUGCCUAUUAACCUCAAGACCGACAUUGCCAUCUCCGUGCACAUCCAGACCCUGUCCAAGGUCCAACUCUUUGCUGACUGCGAAGAGGCCUUGCUCCGUGAUUUGGUGCUUAAACUUAGAGCCGUGACCUUUCUCCCGGGUGAUUUUGUAUGCCGUAAAGGCGAAGUCGGGCGUGAGAUGUAUAUUGUAAAGCUUGGCCAAGUUCAGGUGAUGGGUGGUCCCGGCAGCGACGUAGUCCUCGCCACCCUCACCGAAGGUUCGGUUUUCGGUGAGAUCAGUUUGCUGGGCAUUAAUGGAGCUGAUCGCCGGACGGCGGAUGUGCGCUCCAAGGGUUAUUCCAACUUGUUUGUUCUCUCCAAAUCGGACCUGAACGAGGUCAUCGCUUACUAUCCCACGGCGCAGGCCAUUCUCAAGAAGAGAGCGAGGCAAUUAAUGAGGAAAAAUGCUGCACGCGAGCGGGAGGAAGAGCGAGAGCGAGCACGUAGUGCCCUCCAGGCGGAUGUGGUCAUUGGCAAUCCCAAGACACCUGAGACGCCACCUAAAUUAUUACAAACAGUCAUCCAGGCUCUACCCUAUGAGUCGCCAGCAGUGGUCCUUAUUACCCGUGGCUCAAAGAGGAUGCGGCGUAAGCGUCAGUCCCUGCAGAUGGAGACCAUUGUGGAGCCCAAGAUGGAGGUACUGGGAGCUAGAGCAGAGGAGUUGCAGGAUCAGAAGAAAGCAGAGCAUUGCCUAAAGCCAGGACGCUGUUCCCCCGACUUGCUCUCCUCCAUACAGCAGGAGCUCAAGACCAAGCACAAGUUCAUCAAUCUGACGGACUCUGAGAAGGCGCUGAUUAGUCAGUCGGCCAACAAUUCGCUCGAGGACAUGCAGGUAGUAGAUCUGUAGGGAUUCCAUUCCAAUUAAUUGUAUUUAAUGUAAAUGUUGUAACGAAAACCAAUAUUCUGCGAUAUAUAUAACAAUUUUUGGCUU